CCACGAAAUGUGAUGUAUGUACAGACUUUCAAGACUACCUCUGGAGGCCAACUUUCUCUCCUUCCUCUUGUACAACAAAAUACUCAAGUAACGCACAUUUAUCUGGCCGCUGUGCAUAUCAACUCGGAGCCAGGAGAUAUUACGUUGAACGACAACAACCCUAAUGACACGAUAUGGGAUACGGUCUGGUCAGAAGCAGCACAAUUGCAACAGGCGGGAGUCAAGGUCAUGAUGAUGAUGGGCGGUGCAGCUCCUGGCAGCUACCCUCGACUCUGCAGUGGUGAAGAUGGUGCUGUAAUUAACGAAGAAUACUACGUCCCUCUCCGCGAUACCCUCAAAUACCACAAGGUCGAUGGCCUAGACCUCGACAUCGAAGAACAAGUAGCCUACACCUGCCCUCUAGCCCUACUACGUCGCCUCAACGAUGACUUCGGUUCCAACUUCAUCCUCACAAUGGCCCCAGUAGCCUCCGAACUCCAACCCAGCGGUUAUGGUCUCGGUGGCUUCUCCUACCAAACCCUAGACUCCCAAGCCACAUCCUCUUCCAAACCCAACGGCAAACUCGUCAACUGGUUCAACGCCCAAUUCUAUAAUGGCUGGGGCGACGCCAGCAAUCCCACAGGCUACAACGCAAUCAUCAACAACGGCUACGCACCGUCCCGCGUCGUCCUAGGCGUCUUAGAUAACCCCAACGACGGCGGGUCAGGUUGGUAUGGUCUCGACGUCUACAAAACCAACAUCGCAACCCUAAAAGCGAAUUACCCUGAUUUCGGUUGUGUGACGGGUUGGGAAUAUUGGGAUGCUGGAGAGGAGGAUAAUUUGGAUCAGCCUUGGAAAUGGGUGCAG